AUGAUGGAUCAGCACGGAGUGCUGGAAACCCCUCUUCGCAAAAAAAAAUUAGUAAUUGGCGACAUGAGCGGCAAAUCUGCAACCAUCCAAGUCUAUAUACAAGAUGAAUUUUGUCAUACAUAUGCCACAAUUUUUGAUAACUUUCAAGCAGAUGUAGAAGUAGAUGGAACAUAUGUAGUAGCAGAAAUUAUAGACACAACUUGUAGUGACAAAUUUGGCGUGAUCCGUAAAGAAAUGUAUGCUAAUGCCGACGUCGUUAUUAUAUUCUUCAGCGUUUAUUCACGACAAUCAUUUCGUAAUGUUCAAGAGAUAUGGCUACCGGAAGUGAUGAAGUCUCGUGGUAGAAUACCAUUCAUUCUUGUGGGUACUAUAGCGAAGAUAGGGUUUUCUGAUGGGGAUAGAGUUAGUUUUGAGGAGGCACGAGCCUUAGCUGAAGAAAUUGGUGCUCUUUGUUAUGUGGAGUGUUGGCCUGAUCGGAAAUAUAAUGUUGACAGGGUUUUUCAAGAAGCGAUUUCCGCAACUUUGAAAGGAAAUGGAAAUAAUGUCUGA